UGCACUAAAACCCACGAGGAAGAAGAAGAAGACCGCGAUAGCAACACUUCGCUCGUGCUUGUUCGGGCUUUAGCUUCAAGCUGUUGUUGGAAAUCUAUACUUUUAUUUGAGUUAACUGCCAUCUUUGAUGUGAACGGAAACGGAGCCGACGGAGUGUUUUGAUGUUAUCCUCUUAACUCUGUAGCUAGCUUAGCCUGCUAGCGUCCUGUGUGAUCGUUAGCCAUUAGCUUUGUCCCACCGAGGAAUCGGACGAUGCGGAACCGACCCCCCAUGGGACCGAUGGGCGACAGCAGACCUCCAUUCGAUUCGGGUCCUCCGGGAGGGUGGGGGCCCCCGCCGCCGGGGGGCUGGGGCCUCCCACCCUCGGGAGCUUGGGGUCAUCAGCCACCGGAAGACUGGGGCUCUCCACCGCCCGGUGGAUGGCCUCUGCCGCCCGAGGAAUGGGGGCCUCCACCCCCUGGAGGGUGGGGGACCAAGAGAGCCUCUGUCCUCUGGAGGGUGGGGACCAAGAGAGCCCCCGCUCCCUGGAGGGUGGGGACCAAGAGAGCCUCCACCACGUUGCUGGGGACCAAGAGGACCAUCACCGGCCCCCGGGCUGGGGGCUUCAUCCAGACGACUGGAGACCACCCCACCCUGAGGAUAGGAGACCCCCUCAUCCGGACGACUGGAGACCCCCACACCCCGAUGACUGGAGACCCCCUCAUCCGGACGACUGGAGACCCCUCUCGAGCUGGGGACCCCCUGGCUGGGGUCCGGAGCAUCCCCCUCAUUCGUGGAGGUCCGAGCCUGUUCCACCAGUACUACCAGUCCCUCCUCCAGACCCCCCAGCCUACGGGCCGGGGCCCGUGCCUCCCAUCCCCCCUCCAGCCUGCGGGCUACCUUUAGGGUACCUGAGCUACCCCCCUCCCAGCUGGACCGGAGAGACCAUUGUGGAGGAAGUGAUGCUCAACCCACCACCUGAUCAGCCUGAGUGGAUCAAAGCCUUGAUUUCGGCUCCGGUUGGUGAGUCGACCCCAGGGGAAACUAAGAAUCCCGCCGAAGAUCCGUCCGUCGCCAAAACACCGACUGACCCAGCCGCCGCUGCCCCCAAACCCCGACCCGAUCCCACUAAGACCAACCGAGCGCUGGGUCUGCUGGGGAAACGCACCUUUGAUAAGCCUCCUCCUGGCAGGUCCACAGGGAUCAUCUCCUUCAUUGGGCCCACCUUCGGCUACAUCGAGAGAGAAGAUCUGGAGAAGUUCAGCUUCAGCUUCGCCGCCUUCUUUGGAAACCCAAAGGCCAUGACGCCCGGGGUCAGAGUUCACUUCACGGCCUGCAAGGAGAAGAACGGUCCGAUAGCCACAGAUGUGAAGGUGGCUCCUGGUGGAACCGAGAACGUGGACACGGAGAUCUACGAGGCGGUGGUCAGCCAGCCCAUCGCUGAGCCUCAGCCCGGUGAACGUCAGUACCCGGGCCAGGUCCACGUGGACAUCGGGCCGCUGAGGACCAACCUGACCUUUGACAGGAAGGACAGCACAGUGACGCUGCUGAAGAACGACCAGGUGCUCAUCAACCUGCUGACGGACAUUGUCAGCGAGAAGAGAAGAGCCACCAACAUCAAACCCCAAAUCCCCUCCACCUUCAGCAACACCAAGGAGACCAGGGAGAAGGGCGUCAUCCUCAGCCUGAAGGACAGCGAAGGUGUCAUCAAGUGUGACGAACAUGGUGAGCUUCCCUUCAGCAUCAGAGAGAACUUCAGCGACAUCGAGUUCACGGCCGAGGACGUUGGCGAGGAGGUUGAGUUCACCGCCCUGACGCUGAGGGGGGGGAAGCGGGCCAUCAGGAUCCGGAGGGUGACGGAGCCCCUCCUUCUGACGCUGUCGGCCGCCACGGCCGCCGCCGAAGAGGAGGCCGCCGCCCGGCACCCCGUGCUGGACAAAGACUUGCAGCUGAACGGGAAGGCCGGUGUGGGGCCGGAGCUGGGCGUCAACAUGAAGCUGGACUCGGAGCUCUACGAGGGCAUCGUCAGCCAGCCGAUCAUUGAGCCCACGCCCAACAUGCAGGGCUACCCGGGUCAGAUCCACGCCAACAUCGGCCCCCUCAAGACCAACGUGACCUUCGACCACCGGGACUGUGGCGUCACGCUGCUGAAGAACGACCACGUGCUGAUCAACCUGCUGGUGGACGUCAGUACCGGGAAGAGGAGAGCAGCCAACAUCAAACCCAAAAUCCCCUUCACCUUCAGCUACACCAAGGAGAAGAGAGAGCUGGGCAUUGUCACCUUUCUGGGUCCAAAAGAAGGAAUUGUCAACUCCGAAGAGCACGGCGAGCUUCCCUUUGACAUCUGUGAGAACUUUGGCGAAGUCAAGUUCAACAGCGGCGACAUCCACAAGGAGGUGGAGUUCACGGUUGCCAUGGUGAAAGCAGAAAAGAGGGCCAUCAGACUGUUGAGGACCAAAAGGGUGGAGGACCAAAUCCUAGAGGAGCAGAAGAGACGGGAGGAGGAGGAGAAGAGGAAGAGGAGGGAGGAGGAGGAGAGGAGGAAACAAGAGGAGGUAGAGAGGAUGAAGAUGGAGAAGGAGGCGGAGAGGAAGAAGAGCGAGGAGGUCUCUGCGGCGUUGGCAGCAGCCAAAUGCAAAUGGUCGCCGCUCGGCAUCAGGGUGAGGAACCCUGACACGCAGGAUGAUGUCAGCAAGGAGCGAUUCCAAGGCACAAUCCUCAAAGCCAUCUCCAAAUAUCCACGUAAGGAGAUCAAGAAGGAGCCCCAGGAGAAGGAGGAGCAGGUGAACAUCAAGACGGAGAAGACUGAUGAAGUCAAGAAGGAAGAUGGAGAGGAGGGGAAGAUGGAGGAGAAGAAUAAGGAGGCGGUGAUGCCGGAGAUGGGUCGACUGGUGAUGACCAUCGAUGGCCAACAGAAGCUUCUUCCCUUCGGACCCAACGACCUGCUGAGCACCGCCACCAUGCUGGAUGGAGACAAGGUACGCUUCAACAUAGCCACUCAUGGAGAGAACAAAGAGGAGCGCGCCACCUUCGUGGAGAUUCUUCCCGACUCCUUCGAAGAGUCCAUCGAGCAACGUCGACACGGCAUUGUGAUUGAGUUCUCUCACGCCUCCGGACUCAUCAAGUGUGUUCAGAACCCUCAGCUCUACUUCCACAUGUCGGAGGUGAUCGAGAAGAAGAGACUGGAGCUGAACGAGAAGGUGGAGUUCAGCGUGGUCCCGCAUGAAACGGCGGAAGGUGGAAACCAAGCCAUCCGGAUAAAACGCUUCACAGAGAGCGUCUUCCUCCCUGCUCGUAGACUGGGAGGCGUCGGGGCGAAUAAGGGCAAGAUGACCAUAAAGUUGGCAAAAACAGAGGACACUGAAAAAGAAAAACCAGAGACGGACAAAAUAAAGGCUGUGGUGAAAAACCUUAGAACGCAGGACAGCAAGACAAGUAUCGGCAGAAGGGAUUACGAAGCCAGUAGGAACAAAUGGGGCCGGAGCAGCAGCAGUAGGAGUCCGAGUCGGAGUAAGGCCAGGAGUAGGAGUCCGAGUCGGAGUAAGGCCAGGAGUAGGAGUCCGAGUCGGAGUAAGGCCAGGAGUAGGAGUCCGAGUCCGCCCAGAGACCAGUUUGGACGCAUCAUCACAAAGAGAAGCAGCACCAGCACCGACCGCAAAAGCAGCAGGUACAGGCGAAGCCGAAGCCGCGAGAGGUCCAGCCGGCCCCCCAAGAGUCUCACUAAGAGCCACAGUAGGAGCCGCAGCCGGACCAGGAGUUCCAGCAGGAGUCGCAGCAGGAGCAAGGAGCGGGCCAUCAAGAGCAGCAAAAUUGUCAGAGACCGCGACGAAAGCCACAAGAGAAGACAGGAAGUAAGCCCUCCUUCCAGCCGUGGUGGUGUCGUGGAUGAUGAGCUAGCGAGGAAGAAGCGGGAGCUGGAGGAGCUGAACGACAUGAUUGCCUACAAGAAGUCUCUAGUGGACAUGGACCCCGGACAGAGGACUUGCAUAGAUUACGACCACGGCCGGAUCGCCGUCCCUCUUACGGAGUACAAACCCGUCCGGUCCAUCCUGAAGAAACGGCCAGAAGGACCCGAUUACCUCCAUGUUCCCCCUCAUCCCUACGAGGAUCCUUACUAUGACCGGAUGUACAGUCCUUUCCAGGACCGGCGGUAUCCUGAGCGCCCCGGUGAUCCAUACGGUGGUCGGUCUUACACCGAGCAUCCUUAUGGCGAGCGGCCCUACACCGAUCGCCCCUAUGAAACUUUUCUCUAUGGUGAACCUUCCUACGGUGGCCCUCCUUCUGCCAGCCAACGGUACGCCGAUCGCUAUGAUGUUUAUGAUGAACCGUAUGACGACCGCUACUGCGACGUGGCAUAUGCUGAGCGGGCUGAUCAGCCGCAUCGCCCCGUGAAACAGACCCACGUUCCCUCAGCUUCUUCUCAAUCCGCCUCACCUCAGCCUCCAUUGAUGAAUACUGCUGCACUUUCAUCUACCCCGCACUCUCUGAGACCUCCUUCUCCCACAGAAUUGCCUCCUAGAAGCCCCUCACCCACACUGAAGAACACAACUCCUUACAAGGCGCCUUCAACAGUGAAACAGCCCCUUGACCGCUUUCUUGACAUGCUCAGCCAAAAGGUGGAUGCUGAAAAGAAAUCUGAACCGGUUCAUAUGAAUGAUGAGCUUCUGCCUCAUGAGAAGGCCCUUCAAGACGGCAGCGGUUUCUCACGUAUUGUUGGAUUGGCUCAAGAGCAACCCGGCAGCAGUCUAGCUCAAGAUGGGGAAAACACACAGCAGAGCUCUCAAAGAUCCUCAGUAGAAAGAACCAGUGGGGAACCACAGCACAAGGGGAAACCGUAUGACAAGAUUCAAAGUCUACUCCGUACAAUCGGUCUGAAGCUCAGUACGGGAGAUAUGUCCAAACUGGCGAGCCGAGCCCAAGGGAACGUCUACAGCCCAAAGUCCUCAUCCUCAGAAAGAGAGACUUUGUCAUCCUCAAGGGAAGGUCGGCAAACAAGUAGAACUGGUUCUGUUGAACUGGAUCACAUCUAUUCCCCCGUCCCUACGAGGUCCUCCAGCUUGGAGACACUCGGCAGAUCGAAAGCAGUCUCCGAGUACGAAGGAUUUUUGGACCAGCAAGAGCUGGAGGCUCUGCAGAAGGCACGACAUCAACAGAGUCUCACCAAAACAAUAGGGAGCGCACCCUCCACCACUCCUCCUCCAUCUGCUCUUCCCGGGCCUCCGCCUGCACGCUACCAACAUCCACUCCCAUCAAUUAACUGGCCUCUUGCAGUCACUUCCCAGAUUCCUCCACAGCAAAGCUCCCUAACCCCAAGCGUGGAGCGACCACCCCAGAGGUUUGGACUUCCUCCAGGCCCUCCCCCUGGACUGCCUCCUCAGCGUCCAGCACAGCCCCCUCCAGGACCUCCACCCCAGCACCCUCCAGGACAACCUCCCUUUUCUCCAUCCUCCAGUCAUGUCUUUCCUAUCAUUGGCCAACCUCCUGCAGUGCCACCCCUUAACCCCUCCAGUCCUUUGCAGCCUAUGAUCACUGUAGCUUUAUCACCACCACCACCGUCGAGCGAGAACCAACCGACCAUCUCCACCACAGUGGCCAGAUGCUUAAAGGUCAUUGAGACGGUGAAGUCGUUGGCGGUUCAACCUUUAGCCAAACCGGUGAAAUCGGUGCAGUUCAGUUUACCAACAGUCUCUUCAUCAGCUUCCAGUCAUCAGACCUCCGCAGAGGCAGAUGAUGAAGUUAAGAACAGGCAGCAGGAGAAGCUGGAUUCGUACAACCAGAGGGUUUUAGAGAAGCGGGACCUGCACUACAAGGACUGGCUCAGCCGCAAGAAUCAGAGGGGCGAGUGGAAAGACGGCGUACGGAUCUUUCCAGAGAUGGAGAUUCACAAGAAGGUUUGUCCCGGACAUGUCUUUGCCAGCAUUGGUGUUUCUAGCAUCUCUCCCGGUAGCACGGGUUGCUUUAUUAAGGAGCAGCUUUCAGCCCCAGCAGAGAUCCCGACGGAGUAACAAACAACUUCUUGACGGCAUCACGCUGUUUUUCUGCCUCCCACGUUAGCAGAGUAGUGGUUUGUCCUACCGACCAAAAGAAGAAACCAGCUGCAAUCUGCACAAAGUAAAUUCUUUUUCUCUUCAUGUGAUGUUAUAUCUAGUUUCCAGCAAUCAGGAGUCCAGAAAGAACUUUAUAGUUAGAUGAGCUAUGAGACUUUAAUAAAGACAUGUUUUUAGCCAGGUUGAGUUUAGUUUGACAUUUCUAACUGCUGAUACCAACACGAUUUAUUCUGAAUGCAAGCAUUAAGUAAACGCAACUAUGAAACUGAACAUGCCUUUGAUGCCAGCCCAGCUACCGGACUGUUCGAAGUAUUUGAUACCUCCAGAUACAUUUGAGUUUUUAUCAAGUAGUUAUUGAGGUCUGAUACCCAGAACUAGUAGAUAGCUAGCCAUGUUGUUAGUGAUGGUCUUAAUCAAGCUAGUUCUAUUAGCCCUAUAACUCUUCCAUAUUAAAUACUGCCGCGCUCAGUGUUCUUCCUUCACCAAACCAGUGUCUUAAUGGAAUCUGCAGCUGGGUACCACUCAGGGAUGUUCCAAACUACGAGGCUGUGACCCACACUCCUUCCGUCCGGCUUCUUGUGAUUCAGUUUUAGAAGCCUGUGAAGGAAAUCUCCUCUGAGGCAUGGCAGCCUUUUUGGCUCGAGUCUUCUGAUCCAUUCGAUUUCUGAUUUUCUGCGUCGACACUACCUUGCGCCGCCGCUCUGCUCUCGCCGAUUACAGUUGGGGUAACAGCGGCCGACUUCGGUAGACGCCGUUUAACUUAGCCGCCGCACGUUGAGAGCCGCGUGGAGGCAACAAAUCCGCUCUGAACUUCCUCUAAAAAUAACCUUUUAGGUUUUAUCCCUCUGACUGCUAAGACACCAUUGACACGUAUUUAUAAUAAUGUUCUGUUGCAUCGUUAUGACAUCGUAAUGAUGUUGUGAUGACAUCCUGACCAUGAGGAGGACUUGGCGUCCCAACGGGAGCUCCUGUUGGAAGAAGACAAUGACCAACGAGGCAACCUGUCUCAGGACGACCACAGUGAAGGACUGUUAACAGAUCUAACUAGCUAGCUGAACUAACCGCUAGGCUUUGAUUGAUGUUGGCAGGCAGAAAUGGCGCCGUUGAAAGAUAAUAAUAAGAUAAGUCUGUACUACUGUUUGUAGUGCUAUGCGUGUAGUACUUAGGUAGCGACAACCAAUCUGAGUAGUACUAUCUCACGUUAGCUAGCUAUGACGCUAUGUGCAUAUAUUGAUCGAGUAACAGUUUCGUCGAUGCUAACAUCUGGGUUGUUUUCAAGCGUCACAGGAAGCUCAGGAUUUUGUCCAAAAAGUAGUUGGAGCUUGACUUCAUUUCAGUCUUACUUACAAUUGGCAUGGCGGUAACUCUUUGGGGCUCGUAGGGAAUCUGUUGCGUUACCAGUACGUUAUGGAUUUCAUGAGCUGAGGUCAUUUCACAGCGGAAGAUUGUAUCGAAUUGAGCUUCUGCGAGAGCCCCCCCCGUCAGUCAGAGGUAUUUAAUGCUAAUGUAAUGGAAGUAAAGCUACAUAGCUCUGUCGGCGCUACUUUUUUCCAAAUAUAUGGAAAACAAUCUGAAUAACCUUGUAGAAGUACUAUCUGAACUACAACCUUCAGGUGUUCUGAGCCGCCACCUAGCCUUACGCUCCAGUCUGAAGCUAAUGUUGGCUUCAGAGAAAGCGUCCCGUCAGUUAGAUGUCAUUAGUAAUGUGAAUGAAGUAAAGCUACGUAGCUUUGUGUUCGAGCUACAUUUGUCCCGAAUAAAUUGCAAACUUAACAAGAGAAUAUGGUAUUUUGUCUUGACCUAGCUUUACUAGGUCUUUCCAGCUGGUGAAACCGUCUGUUAGCUCAGGAGGCUAACGUUUGGCUGCUGACUUCAUUUAAGAUAUCAAUAGCUUUGGCAUUUUCAGGCCCGACUUACUGGUAGUCUGUCAUCGCUGUGGUAAG